CAGCCUCUAAAUAAAGCCUUCCCCUUCACUCAGCACUCAGUCGGUGGAAGAGCAGGAAUCCACAUUCAGCAGAGUUGAACUACCUGUUGCACGCAGUGAUGACAUUUUACUGUGUUCUCCUGCUGUUAUCCGUGGGUGCGGCCCUUGACACAGCGCACACUCCCCAAAGGACCAAAAGAGGGUUACUUGAGCUUGCAGGAGCUAUCAGAUGCAGCACCGGGAGAUCUGCUUUAAAUUACAUGAUGUACGGAUGCUACUGCGGGCUGGGGGGUCAGGGCUGGCCCCGAGACAAGGCAGACUGGUGUUGCCACAAGCAUGACUGCUGUUAUGGAGAUGCAGAAAAUCUUGGUUGCUUCACCAAAACAUCCCAAUAUCAUUGGACUUGUGAGGACAGGAAAGCAGAAUGUGAGGAUUUAGAGGACAAAUGUGAGAAGUUUUUAUGCAAGUGUGACAGAGAGGCGGCCAAGUGUUUGAGGAAAGCGCCAUACAUCAAGAAGUACGCUCUAUGGCCAGAUUUCAUGUGUGGUAACGACCACCCAACGUGCAAUAUGUACUGAUUCAAUGCAUCUUCAUGUCCAAUGUGCCUUUUGUGGAAUAGGAUAAAAAAAAAGACAUAUAUUUUCACCAUCAUCUGUUUUCAAUGAAACUUUGGGAAAUUUAUUAAGUAAAAGAUUUUCUGAUAACUUUUAAAAAUUAUUUUUUUUAACAAUGAAAAAAAGAGGGAUAGAGUGAAAUAGAGUGAAAGGUGUUUUUGUUCACAAUAGUUUAGCAGACUAUACUGGUUCUGGCGUGUUCAUUUAGUGCAACAGAGAAGCACCACUGGGAAAACGACACCUUCUCUGUGUUGUUUUCCAUAUUUGUCCCCAGGGUAGUCAGCUACGCUGCUGGAAACAAAUACGCCUUUUUGUAUUAUUACAGACAAUCCUUCCUUGUAUUACUCAAAAAAAAAAAAAAA